GACGCGAACGGUCGUUAUUACAAGUGUUUUUUUUUUUGAAAUAUUGUUGAUUUUGAUUUUUGAAUUUUAUUUUUGCCAAAAUCUCUGGUAAUUAUAUUCUGCCGCGAGUCGUCGGUUUUUUUUUUUUUUUUGGUGUUUUAUUAUUGUUUCGUCGAAACGGUUUUUGCUAAUCAUUACAAUCAAUCCGCGCACGCAAACGCCACGUAUCGGCGCUUGUCCGAGAGACGACUGCAGCAGCUUGUCGUUGGCCGCCCGCUGUACACUCGAUACGGAUGCGAUACGCCGUUAUCGAAGCCGCAAUUAACACUACUCGUAAUAAUUAUUAUCAAUCCUAUCGCCGACAACCGCUAGACGCGUACCGUAUGCAAACAUGGUAGCCGAAGGCACUAUGCCAGCAAGGUACCCAGAGGCCGGUCAACAAGCCAACAAUGUGGCGGUGAACGGUAACUACGACGAUGAAAUCGUUAUCAGUGGAAUUUCCGGACGUCUUCCGGAAUCCAACUCUAUCGCCGAGUUCAGAGAAAAUCUGUUCGCCGGCCUGGACUUGGUGACCGACGACGAAAGACGUUGGCCCGCCGGGUUAUACGGUCUCCCCACCAGGACUGGAAAAUUAAAGGAACUGGAACACUUCGAUGCCAACUUUUUCGGCGUGCACGCCAAACAGGCCGAAGUCAUGGACCCGCAGUUGAGAUUGAUGUUGGAAAGCACUUACGAAUGUAUAGUAGACGCCGGAGUGAACCCCGACGAUAUCCGUGGCUCGAAAACCGGCGUGUUCAUCGGCGCUUCCAACAGUGAGACCGACGAUUACUUGAGCAGAGUCCCAGACCGCGUCAACGGUUACGGAUUGACCGGAUGUUGCCGGGCUAUGUUCCCCAACAGGGUGUCGUACACGUUCGAUUUUAAUGGGCCCAGUUACGCCAUUGACACGGCUUGCUCUAGCAGUUUAUUUGCACUGUCACAAGCCGUGCACGCCAUCAAGAGCGGGCAAUGCGAAGCCGCCAUUGUCGGAGGCGUCAAUCUCCUUUUGAAGCCCACGAAUUCGUUGCAGUUCCACAAGUUGAGCAUGUUGUCGCCGCAAGGCAUGUGCAAAGCGUUCGACGUUACCGGAAACGGGUACGUCAGGAGUGAAGCUGUCGUCACGGUUUUCUUGCAGAAAGCUAGCGUGGCCAAACGUAGUUACGCCUCGAUUCUCGGUGCACUUACCAACACCGACGGAUUCAAAGAUCAAGGAAUUACGUUCCCCAGCGGAGCCAUGCAAAACAAACUAAUCCAAGAGGUCUAUGCAAAGUCCGGCGUGAAUCCCAAUGAAAUCGCCUACGUGGAAGCUCACGGUACCGGAACAAAGGUGGGCGAUCCGCAAGAAGUAAACUCCAUUGCCGACUUCUUCACGAAAGGCCGCAAUUCUCCGUUGUUGAUCGGGUCCGUCAAGUCGAACAUGGGUCACUCCGAACCCGCGUCCGGCCUGUGCUCGCUGGCCAAGAUUGUGAUCGCCAUGGAAGCCGGAAAGAUCCCUGGGAAUUUGCAUUUCGCCAAUCCCAACCCCGACAUCCCAGCGUUACUCGACGGCAGACUGCAGGUGGUACACAAAAAUUGGGAAUUCAACGGCGGUUAUGUCGCGUUGAACUCGUUCGGUUUUGGCGGUGCCAACGCCCACGUUCUGUUGAAAUCCAAUCCCAAACCGAAGACGGCGCCCAUACAAAACAACGUACCCCGUUUGGUAGCCGUUUCCGGUAGGACACACGACGCCGUGAACAACAUGUUGGCCAACAUCGGCAACACUCCUUUGGACGACGACUUCAUUGCGCUGUUGCACGACAUCCAUACAAACAACAUCAACAACCACGGUUACAGAGGAUUUUCCGUUUUAGGAAAAUCUAUUACCGAAGUAUCCGAAGUGCCGGCCGGCAAGAGACCAGUGUGGUUUGUUUUCUCCGGAAUGGGAAGUCAAUGGGCUGGUAUGGCCGAAGGUCUGCUUCAAUUGGAGCCGUUCGCCAGGGCCAUCAACAGGGCAGCUGCCGUCCUCCAAGUGGAAGGUCUCGAUCUGUUGAGCGUCAUCAACUCUAAAGACGAAGUGACGUUUGACAACGUCCUUAACUCGUUCGUAUCAAUUACAUCCAUGCAGGUCGCCUUAGUCGACUUAUUGAAAUCCAUCGGUAUCGAACCAGACGGUGUGGUUGGUCACUCGGUCGGUGAACUUGGUUGCGCUUACGCUGAUGGUACCUUCAAUGCCGACCAAGCGGUUCUGGCUGCAUUCUGGAGAGGUCGUAGUAUUUUGGAAUCCAAAUUAUCUGAAGGAUCCAUGGCUGCAGUUGGUUUAUCUUGGGAAGAGACGAAAAAGCGAUUGCCCGAAGACUUGAUAGCAGCUUGUCACAACAGCGAAGACAGUGUCACCGUGUCUGGUCCUCCUAAGAGUCUCAGUGCGUUCGUCAAGACUCUACAAGCCGAAGGUAUUUUCGCUAAAGAAGUUAAAAGUUCUGGAUUCGCUUUCCACUCCAGUUAUAUCGCCGACGCCGCACCUAAACUCAGAAGCAACUUAGAAAGAAUCAUACCUAACCCAAAACCACGUACAAAGCGUUGGAUCAGUUCUUCAAUUCCCGAAGAGAAAUGGAACACACCUUUAGCUCAAAUGAGCUCUACCGCUUACCACGUUAACAACUUAUUGGCUCCAGUCUUGUUCCACGAAGCAAUUUCGCACGUUCCAAAGAACGCUAUUGUCGUAGAAAUCGCUCCUCACGCCUUGUUACAAGCCAUUUUGAAAAGAGCUUUGGGACCUGAAUGUUCUUGCAUCGGUCUUACCAAGCGCUCUACUAACCCUGAAGGAAACCUACCGCAUUUGUUGUCUGCAGUUGGAAAACUGUACAACGCUGGAGUCCAACCGAAAAUUCAGAACUUAUACCCAGCUGUGUCGUACCCCGUGGCUCGUGGAACACCAAUGAUCCAGUCUCUAAUCGAAUGGGACCAUUCCGUCGAAUGGGCCGUUGCUAACUUUGCUCAAAAGGACGCUGGAUCUGGCGAAUCUGUCGUCAAAGUCGACUUGAGUACCGAAGAAGAUCAAUUUUUGUCUGGACACGCUAUCGACGGUAGAGUUUUGUUCCCGGCUACUGGCUACUUGACGCUCGUCUGGAACACAUUCGCCAAACUUCAAGACAAGAACAUCGAAGAUUUCCCGGUCGUAAUUGAAAAUGUACAAUUCUUGCGCGCUACCAUCAUGCCCAAAGACGGAAACGUCAACUUCCUCAUAAACAUUUUCGAGGGAACUGGCAACUUUGAGAUUUGCGAAGGAGGUUCGGUAGCCGUGACUGGUAAAAUUUAUAUCCCCGAAGAUAUUGAAUUGGAACAACUGGAAUUGCCCGAACCGGACGUCGAGGAAAACGGCUUGUCAUUGAAAACCAACGAUAUCUACAAAGACUUGGGUCUCCGAGGAUACGACUACAAAGGAGUAUUCAGAGGAGUCAAAGAGGCUGACAACAGAGGCAUCAGUGGUAAAUUGGAAUGGAUUGGAAACUGGAUCAGUUUCAUUGACACGAUGCUUCAGUUCUCCAUAUUGGGUCUGAAAACCAAGGAGUUGUACUUGCCAACUAGAAUGCAAAGAGUUGUUAUCGAUCCGAGAAAACAUUUGGAUUACAUCGAAGGACUCGAAGAGAAAGCCCCCGUUCCCGUGUACAUGUACAGAGAUAUUGAUGUCAUUAAGUCCGGUGGUGUCGAAUUGCGUGGCAUGAAAGCUAGUUUGGCUCCGAGGAGACAACAGUCGCAAGCCGCUCCUAAAUUAGAAAAAUACACAUUCGUACCAUACGUUUCUGAAAAACUGACUCCUCCAAUUGACGUCAUUAACACUUUCGCCAUUUUCCUUCAAAUCGUAUUGGAAAACAGUGCCGGUGCAAUGAAAAUAAAAUUAGUUGAAUUCGGGGCUGAUAAACCUUUUGAAGGUAUAUUCAUGCCUAACAUUGUCAACGUAUUGGAAUCUGAACCGUUAAUUGCGUUGGACGCAACUCUAGUCACGAGCCAGGCUCAAGCUUUGGCUCCAUUUUUGGGACCAAUGGAAGUUAAAAUGGCCAACAAGUCUUUAGAAAACGGUCCGAUUGAUGUUAAUGCGCACGUUGCUAUUGCUUUUGACGUUUUGGGAUCUCCGUCUUUACUAAACAACCUGAUAGAAUCCGUGAAACCGGGCGGUUUCGUCAUCUCCGGCGAAUCGAACAGCGUUUCUGAAAGCAGUAUUGCUCAGAGUGGUCUCGAUCUCAUCAGCAAGUUGCCGGCCGAAGACAAAUUUUUCUACUUGCUCAGAAAGGUGGAUGAUGUAGUGCCGGUCACCGAGGUUAUCCAGGUAACCGAACAGUCUUAUGGUUGGGUGGAGACGUUAAAAGCCGCUUUGAAAUCGGCCGAAGCGGACGCUAGCAAAAAAUAUCUAGUUUACGCACAAGGCGAAGACACCAACGGAAUCGUGGGCCUGAUCAACUGUGUUAAACAAGAACCCGGUGGCAACAGUGUGAGGUCCGUGUUCAUCCAAGAUCCAUCGGCUCCCAAGUUCUCGUUGACCGAACCCAAAUACGCCGAACAACUCAAGAAAGACCUGUUGAGCAACGUGUUGAAGCCGAACGGAGUGUGGGGCACGAUGAGACAUUUGAAAUUGGAAAGCAAACAGGACAAACCGUCGCUGCAAGUCGAACACGCGUACAUUAACGCGUUGACGAGAGGAGAUUUGAGCAGCUUGAAAUGGAUCGAAGGACCUCUGACCUAUUACAAACCCGAAUCUGACCCGAACACAGAGCUGUGCACCGUCUACUACGCUCCAUUGAACUUCCGUGAUAUUAUGUUGGCUUCUGGAAAACUUCCUCCGGACGCAUUGCCGGGAGACUUGGCGGGACAAGACUGUAUACUCGGAUUGGAAUUUUCUGGUCGCGACACCAAAGGCAGGAGAGUGAUGGGUAUGCUUGCCGCCAGAGGAUUGGCCACCACCGUUCUUGCCGAUCCCGGUUUCUUGUGGGUCGUGCCGCAAAAAUGGUCGUUGGAACAAGCUUCGACGAUACCUGUCGUUUAUGGAACCGCUUACUAUGCUCUCUGUGUCAGAGGACACAUGAAGCGCGGCGACUCGUUGCUGGUGCACGCCGGUACCGGAGGUGUCGGUCAAGCCGCCAUCUCUAUUGCACUUCACAUGGGAGUCACUGUUUACACCACCGUCGGUAGUAAACAAAAACGCGAAUUCUUGAAGAAAACUUUCCCCAAGCUGACCGACAAAAACAUUGCCAACUCUCGGGACACCAGCUUCGAACAACACGUGCUCAGACAAACCAAAGGACGUGGUGUGGAUCUCGUCCUGAACUCGUUGGCCGACGAUAAGCUGCAAGCUUCCGUCCGGUGUUUGGCCAAAGACGGUCGUUUCCUCGAAAUCGGCAAGCUCGAUUUGUCCAACAACAGUCCACUCGGGAUGUCGGUGUUCCUGAAGAACACCACGUUCCACGGAAUCCUUUUGGACUCGCUGUUCGACGUGAAGUCCGAAAGCCAAGACAAGAAAGAAGUGGUCAGACUGCUCAACGAGGGCAUACAGAACGGCGCCGUGCAACCGCUGCCGGCCACCGUUUUCAACGAGUCGCAGGCGGAACAAGCGUUCCGGUUCAUCGGAUCCGGCAAGCACAUCGGAAAGGUCGUGUUGAAGAUCAGAGACGAGGAACAAGCGUCCGUGGUGAAGCCGCCUGCCAAAUCGGUGACGGCCAUACCGAGGUCCUACAUGAACCCGGACAAAACGUACGUGCUCGUCGGCGGUCUGGGCGGUUUCGGUCUGGAACUGGCCAACUGGCUGGUCGUCAGGGGCGCCAAGAAACUCGUGUUGACCGCCCGCAGCGGCAUCACCACCGGAUACCAAGCCCUGAGCGUCAGGAACUGGACGGAAGGCGGAGUGAACGUGUUGAUUUCCAAGGCGGAUUGUUCGACCCUGAAAGGAGCUCAGCAGUUGAUCGACGAGAGUAAGAAGUUGGGACCCGUCGGAGGCGUUUUCAACUUGGCCGCCGUUUUGAGAGACGCUUUCUUGGAAAACCAAACGCCCGAAGAUUUCGAAAUUGUCAGCAAACCGAAAGUGAUCGGUACUAAAAAUUUGGACGCCGUCACGAGGAAAUCUUGCCCGGACUUGGAUCAUUUCAUUGUGUUCUCGUCCGUGUCUUGUGGACGCGGUAAUGCCGGUCAGACCAACUACGGUUUUGCCAAUUCCGUCAUGGAAAGGAUUUGCGAGGCUAGACAAGAAGCUGGACUUCCUGGGUUGGCCAUCCAGUGGGGAGCCAUCGGAGACGUGGGUCUUAUCAUGGAGACAAUGGGUGGAAACGACACUGUGGUCGGCGGUACCUUGCCCCAACGUAUGGCGUCCUGUUUGAACGCUUUCGACACGUUCUUGCAGCUGCCCCAACCCGUUUUGGCGUCGAUGGUGUUGGCCGAGAAGAGGAAGAGCGGAGCUGGCGGUUCGAGUCAGGUGAGCCUGAUCGACGCCGUCGCCAACAUACUGGGAAUCAAAGACACCAAGAACAUCAACGUGUCGGCCACGUUGGCGGAUCUGGGUAUGGACUCUUUGAUGGGCGCCGAAAUCAAACAGACGUUGGAAAGGAACUACGACUUGGUGUUGAGCGUCGGAGAAAUCAGGACUUUGACGGUGAAGAAAUUGCAAGAAUUACAGAACGACGGCUCUGAAGAGACGGCUGCGGCGGCCGACACCAACGGAGUGACGGCUGGCAACGAUCAGGUGGAAUUCAGUAAAAAUUUAGUUCCUCAAGAAACGGUGGUCGACAUGAAAAAGGAAGACAACGGCAAACCCAAUCUGUUCAUGUUCAGCGCAAUCGAAGGCUUCGUGUCGGCGUUACAAGACGUCGCGUCCAAAUUGCCGUUCAACGUCUACGGACUCCAGUGCACCCAAGACGCUCCCACGGACUCGAUGACGUCUUUGGCCAAAUUCUUCAUAUCCAAAAUCAAAGAGGUGCAAAAGUCUGGUCCGUACAAUCUAGUCGGAUACUCGUUCGGCGCGUCCGUCGCCUACGAAACCGGUGUCAACUUGGAAGCGUCCGGCGACAAAGUCAACCUGGUGCUGUUGGACGGUUCCCCGGCUUACGUGUUGACCCAUCAGAACGCGUUCAAAAAUCGACACUCCGACAACAAAGUAGACGAAAAGGACGCGUACGCGUACUUUGUUUUGCUGUUCAAAGAAUUGGAAUACCAAACGGUGUACGACCAAAUAGCGGCGAAAGCCACUCAGGAAGAACAACUCGACGAGGUGGUCAACAUCCUGUCGGACUUGCCGUUGGACAAACAGCAGCUGAAAGCCGCCGCCAAACUGUUCUACGGCAAGCUGUUCGUGUCGUUCUAUUACAAACCCGAAAAGUUCGGCGGCAACGUCACGUUGGUCACGGCCAAAGACAACUUUGUAUCUCUCGGAUCCGACUACGGUCUGAAAUCUCUCUGCAACGGCGCCCUGAACAUCCAUUCCGUGUCCGGAGACCACAGACAAAUAGUGAAAGGCGAAUCGGCCAACUCUGUUGCCCAGAUCAUAUCUUCCUCUCUUGUAUAACUCUGUUAUCUGACUAAAUCUCUUAAGACGUUGUGUUUAAGUUAAAUAAUUUCUUAUGUUUGGUUUGGAAGUAAUUUAAAUUUAUUUUUAUACGUACGUUUAACGAAAUUAGUUUUUUUUUUUUUUUUUUUAAACUGCACAAAACAUUUAUUAUUAUUAUUAUUAUUUUUUUUUUGUUACGUUACGUUGUCGAGCAAACUGUGUAGAUUAUAUUAUAUAUACAUAUAUAUAUAUAUAUAUUUAUAAAUAUCAUGUUGUUGUAAAUUUUUUUUUUUUAAAUUUGUUGUUUUUUCGACUUUUGUUAUGCUUGUGAAAAUUGUUCAUUGAGUUUAGGACUUAUUUUAACGAUAAGAAAAUAUUCGUUUCGGACACUAUAUUAUUAUUAUUAUUUUUUUUUUUCGUUGAUUUGUUCCAACGCAUUCCAAAAAAGUGUGUUUAUUACUUAAGUAGUUAACCGUAUAUUAUAUGAUAUAAGUGAAAUAAACUAUUAUUGUGUUUGAAA